UCUGUUUCCGACGACCCCCGUGCCAGUCAGAUCGAUCUAUCAUCAUCGUCGUCGAUGGACGAUACAGCGCCGCCAGCGAGGGACUGGUCGCUGCUGCCCCUUGACGUUCUUUCCUCGAUCUUCAUCAGGCUUGGCGCCGUCGACGUCCUCACGGGCGCCGGCCUCGUGUGCCGCUCGUGGCUCCAGGCGGCCAAGUUGCCAGACGUGUGGCGAGUAGUAGAGAUCGACGACCACGGGAUCCUGCACCCCAGGAACCUAGUUGCCCAGCACACAAUGGCGAAGGCUGCCGUCGAACGCUCCGACGGACAGCUCCGGGUGUUCGCCGGGAAGCACUUCGUCACCGAUGACCUCAUCAAGUAUAUUGUGGAGAGGUCGCCCUCACUAACAACCCUUCGGCUUGUAUCCUACAGCCACGUCUUCAGCCAACAAGUCGCCAGUGCUAUAAAAGAGUCGCCUCUUCUGGAGCUGCGUUCCCUUGAACUCGGCGACAUUGACAUCACUGUGGGAGAGCUGACAGCCGUCCUUGAGUACUGUCCUGCUCUGGAGGUUCUUCGGCUGCACAAUUGUUUGGACAUCGACGACACGCAUACCCUGCAAGCGAAGUUCCCCAGGAUCAAGAACCUGACGCUCGAGUGGGAUAAUGCGUACUGGUCCCGUUUUUAUACCGAUACUAGCUCUUACAGCGACUCUGCUCCUGAUUCUGAAGAUGAGAGGACAGAUGGUUCAAUGUGAUCCGAGUAUACUGUGAUCCUUAUGAUCGGCACCUUAUUCAACGUGCAUCCUGAUGUUCGUGACAGAGCUUCCGGAUGCGCUUUACUCUCAUAUAUUGGUUAUAAAUUAUAAUAACAUCUUAUAUUAUAGGACUGCGGGAGUGUAUCUAAGGAGUUGUCAUUUAGUAGUAUCUUUUUUGAGUAAGAAGAUACUACUACCUCUGUCCGCUGCUGCGCGACCAAGACAGAAAGGCACGCGGCAUUCGACAGCGCUGUAACUUGACUUGAGUUCGGUGAUGGGAGCAACACUCGUAUCUAUUUUGAACGUAACCCCUAUGCACAUCCUAGCCUCUGAACGUGCAGCAAGCGCUGAGUAUAGAUCUAGUACCAGUGCCAUGUAGACAACAUAAUACUGCAGCAGGAUACAACACGAUUGAGAGAGGGAGUUGCGUUACAGGGCUACGUGUCUCUCUCAGUAAUACUCUAGUCUCUAAUCAACGUUUUCUUUUCCUCUUUGGCGCAGUGACUUGAACAUUGCAUCAGGUCAUCAGCACACCGCCUUGUCGUGGUAUGGAGAGCUUCUAGUUCAUGGCAGAGGAUCAUAUCAUUUUGACGUUUCCAUAGGUUCCAUAGAAUCGCGAUGAUCACAGCACAUAAAUCUUGAAUAUCUUCAGACCUCGCCCUCCAUGACAUCUAUAUGCAUGGUCGGCGUUAUACCUGGUCGAACGAGCAGGCCGACCCCACCCCUCGUCCGUAACGAUCGCGUGCUGUGUACCUCUUCGUGGGAAACCUCAUUCCCGCAGUGCUU